GCACAAAAUGAACAGAUACCGCGGCCAUUUUAAUUGCGUGCUGUCAUUUCUAAACGUGACGCGUAUUUCGACAUAUUUACCAUAUUAAUCAUUGCAUUUAAUAGUUAAAAACCUAUACAAAACCGCUAUAAGACUUCAGUUAUUUGAUUUUCAAUUAAAUAUAUCCACAAGCUUUUCCGCAAAUGCGUUUAAAUUCGAUCUUAAAGUCGCGAAGAAAACAUAAGUGAACGACAAAUUUUUUCGCAAAAAUAUCUUCCAACAAACCCAUCUAGUGAAUUCAGCGCUAUGUUCAUCGAGCUCUAAACAAAAUAACAAAACAACAACAAAAGUGCCGCAGUGCAAAAGGGAUACAACAUACAAAAACAUAAACGCAACGGAGUGUGUAGAGUGGUUGGGAGAAAAACUGAAUUUGUAAUUUGGAUAUGUCAUGUCAGCAAGCACCCAGACUUACUGAAGAUCCGUAUGUUUUUACGGAAGCAGUUUCAUCAGCACCUGUUUUAUUCAAUCCUCAAAAAUCAAGGAAUCCACAUAACCCAAAACCAGUUUGUCAAUCACUUCCACAAUUAUCCCGAGAAUCCACAAAUGCCAACGUAGCACAACAAUUUUUCAGCAGCCGCUUCAACGGCACCACAACAGCAAUUGAAACACCGUCAGCGUCCAUCACCCAGCAGCAGCAAAUUAUCAAUGGCAUGCACAAGAAUGUCAUCUCGAUAACAACAAUUAGCAAUGGCAAUAGCCAUCUGGGUGUUCCACUUAAUAACAAAUCGCAACAGCAUCAACAUCAGCAACAGCAACAACCACAGCACCUUCAUUCUCAUCCUAAAAUUGUGACAACAGCAGCUGUAACAGUAACACCAGCUGCAACUGUUUCAUCUUGUUGUUCGUUGCCAACGCAAGUAAUCUCAUGGAACCAAACGCCGACAUCAUCAUCGACGUCCCCACCCGCCCAACAACAACAACACCAGCAACUCCAGCAACAACAUCAUCAACAGCAGCAGUCUUUCUUCACACUGACCACCAACUGCGGUGGUGGUAAUGUGCAAAGCCUGCCAUCCCCAUCAACACUACUGCCACCGUCAAACUUCCAUCAAAAUACUUUGGCACAGCAGCUUCAGAAGGUCGGAUCCACAUUGACGAAUGCAAAUGCAAAUUCAACAGCCCCAGCGCAUUGGCAAAGGCAACAACAAUACUCAAAAGUGUCAGUUUAUCCUCAAAAUGCGCCACCAUCCGUUCCGCAGAAGCGUGCAGUAGAGAAUAUUGUGACGUGUCAUGCAACUUCAUCGCCGCCGUCAUCCACAUCCUCAGCCGCACCGCCCUCAAUUCCACCAGAUCAACCAUCAGUGCAACCAAAUCAUUCCGAUAUAAAUGAAAUUCCAGUUAGUGUAAUCUAUCGAACAACUCCCAUCAAAAGUGAACCAGGAACAAGUCCGAGAGUUGUUCAAGAGGCGCCAAGUACACCGACUGUAACGUCGCCAAUUCGCAAGCCAACAAAGGAUUUGUGUGAUAAGAAUGUUGUCUUCGCCACGCCUGCCAAAAGAGACGCCCGAGUCUUAUCGUCUUCCGCUAAAAAAUCGCUUAAAGGCUCAAAUACAGGAGCACCUGGCAAAGCGAAACGUACACAGAAUCAAACAACCCACCAUGAAGCUUUACCAAGAAUACCAUCGAUCAAUCAUCAUUCGUCAUCAACAACUUCACCAUCAGCAUCAUCAUUAUCCCUGUCAUCGGCUUCAUACCGGCGAAGACCGAAAACUCGUCGAAACAGUGGAGAGUGGCAUGCUCCCGAUACAUACAUAUUUGAUAGUGUUUCGCCGCUGACUUCGCAUAUCGAACGUCGUCAGCGUUCGGCAGAGAAAUGUGAUAUCACAAUCACGUCGGCCAAAGCUUCUUGUGUCCAAAAACACUGGAUGGGCGUUUACGACUUGAAGGAUCCCUAUGGCGACGACAUAUCAGCGAGGGCAUUAAAUAUAGGCAGAGAAGAGCGUAUCGAGAGGCAUAAGGCUUUGUUACGUCGUCAAGCUGUGCAGUUAAUUUCAUCGCAUGCAUUUUUGAAACCAACAGCAGCCAGAAGCCGUUUAGUGUUUGUGUCGAAGUUCUUGCAAAAAUUAAAAAAACAAGAAGAUGUUGAGCUGGAAAAGAAAUGUUGUGUCGGAUCUUGUUCAAAUAGAGCACUUGCACUAACCGCCCAAUGUUACAUUCACAUAACGGGUAAUGUAGACCAACAUUUGUUCCUACCUUGUACGGCAAAAUUCGCCGACAAUACCCAAUGUCGCAUUCCAGUGUUUGAUAUAUCACAUGAGCUUCCGUUGUGCCGUGAGCAUGGUUGGAAACGUGACAAUUAUAAUCGGAUAGCUCAAGAGCAAAGGCCAAAAAUAAAAGUCAUUCAAAAGCGGACAAAAUCAAAUGGUAUGUGUGGCCGGCCGCCAAAGCGUAGUAAGAAAAAACGGAAAGGAAGUACAUCUUCACUGGAAUCAAUUGGUAGCAGUAGUACGACAUUUAUUUCCACUCCAACUCGUUCAACAUCAAUAACAUUGGCACCACCGAAUCAGGCAUCGAAUCGUAUUGGUGCCAAGAUAGUUUUUGAUGGAAAUUCUCCAGCUGCUACUAUUGGCGGAGGGUAUACUAUCAAAUUGAAUGAGACUACCCAGUCUGCAACGUCUCAGUCGAGUAUGCUGUCAGGAAUGAGUUCCCUUUCGCCAGGAAUAGAAAUGAUGAAUAUUAUGAAAACUCAGCAUCAGCAUCAGCAGGACCUAUUGACUCAAGAUAUGCUUAGCAUUUGUGAGAACAGUUCGGUAUAUGCCAGUUCGGAAGACACAGGCGUAGGAGGGUUGAGUGAGAGCGAAUUAAUGGUGGGAACACAGGAUGCUGAAGAAAUACCUUUGGGCGAUACUCGCUUAUUGGAAGAGCAUGACUUAACCAAUGUUUUAAACAAUUUACCAGUGGAUGCUUUUAAUGAACUCUUUACUGUUGUGCGCCAAGAUGAACGGGAGGAAGUUGAAAGGGCUCUAGAACUAGCUGAUAAACAAAUCAAAUCUCUGCAACAAAUGACUGGAAAUGAUACGGACUUCUUGAGAGAUCUCUUAGAUGGCAGUGACCAAAUCUUAGACGAUACGGAUAUCUGUACAGAAAUCGUUUCCGCACAUUCACCAGACACAAGUGGCAUCGACACAACAACACUUUUCGUCGAUGGCGGAAGCAACAGUACGGCAGGCAGUUGUACUGGUCCAACCCCAACAGACAUUCGAGGACUGGUACAAACCUAAAAAAAGAAAACCCGAUUCUACCCGAUAGAAAAGGAACUUAAAAGCAUACAAGUUGAGAUUCUCAUAAUAAAACAGCAUGUAUCAAUAUGUUUUCCCUGAAAAUGCCCAUUAAAUUGUUCUUCAUAUAAAAACAAAAACAAAAACAACUAAUUUUAACAUAAUUACAUAAUAUUGUUCAAGUUCAGUGUAUUAUUUUGUGUAUAGUAAACCAAAUCAGCAAACAUAGCGUAAUUUAAUUGAAACAAAAAAUUAUAAAUUUAAAUAAUUAAUAAACAUUUUUCGUUGUGUAAAUCAGCGAAGCAGGUGAAUUUUAUAAUAUGCUAAAAUAAUUAACAAUAAUGGGAAGGGUCUCUCUCAUAAACAUACAAAAAAUGGUAAAACAAUGGUAGAAAACAAAAAAAAAAGAAACAGAAAAGUUUUAAACGUUAUUUAAUUGUUAAUUUUGGCAAAAUAUUUUUUUGCCUUGCGUUUAAGUGUACAAGGGAUAACAACCACGAAUCGUAUUAUAUUCUUUUAAGUAAUGUACCUAUAUAAUCUUAUAAUUACAUUAUUAACAGAUUUGAUUUCCUGUAGCUUUUAUAAAAUUAUUAUACGAAAUUAAUUAAUUUUAUUUUAUACCUACUUAUUUUUCGUUAAGGUUUAGUUUUUAAGAUAUUUUUUUUCGUUUUUCAUUUUUUAUUUUAUAAACUAAAUUAUCCGUAUUUUUGUAAAACAAAACCUAUUUACAAAAAAAAAAGAAAAACAAAACAAAAGAAAUAGCAGUUAAAUAGUUUAUACAUUUUUUAUGUUGGAAAAAAUUCAAUUAUGUGCAUUUGUGAUUUAUUUUUUUUUAAAUAUUUAAAACAGAAGUAACAGAAUACAUAAUAUUAAGAUUACAAAGAAAAACAAAUACAUAA